UUCAUUCUACACAUAUAUUUUUGGUGAAGACGACGGCGGGUAGAGAGAGAGAAGAUGGAAGGAUUGACGGAGGAGGAGCGCAAGGCUCUUCGUGGAAGCAAGUUCGCGCCGCUUCCUUCUGCGUCACGCCCUACGCCAAGGGUAGCUCAUGCUGGUGGACCAUUGACAACAAAUAAGGCUGCUGCAUUAGCAAAGUUUCUUGAAAGAAAACUUCAGGAUCCUAAUGGAUUGGCCUCUUUGAAUCCUAAGCUCAUUGAAAUGGCUGUCAAGCGCGCAAAGAAUACUGUUGUUGCGAGUAACCAAGGAGGUACAAAAGUGCGACAUGUGGACAAGUUUGAUGAUGUUGAGGUUAGUCUAGAAGAAGAGGAAGCAGAAACAACCAACCAGACUAAACAAAAGAAGAUGAAGAAAAAGAACAAGAACAAGAAGAAGAAAAAAGAAAAGCAGGUUCUUGGGGUGGUUCCUGGUGAUGCUGUUUGCAAAGUGCCUAAAAAGAAGAAGAAAUUAUUGUGAUCUAUUUGACUAUAUAUAUAAAUAUAAUGGUAUGUAAUUCUAUUAAUUGUAAACAUUUUCUUAGAUUUGAUUAAUCUUUUUGAAGGUUGUUCAAACAAAUAUAGUUUUUAAGCUGAGAUUAUUACUUCUUCAAACCUUGAAAACUGUUUGUAGUAUUAAUUGAUGAUCUGCUUACACCAAAUAUGUCA